AUGGCCAUUGCCGCCGACUUCGAGCGCGUCUACGAGAUCAGCCCCGUCUUUCAGGCCAAGAACUCAAACACCUAUUGUCACAUGACCGAGUUCAUUGGGCUUGAUCUUGAGAUGGCCAUCAACAAACACUACCACAAGGCCGUCGACCUGCUUGACAGACUCUUCCUGUCCAUCUUCAGAGGUCUCCAGGCCUCCUCCGCCCCGGAGAUCCAGACCAUCAAGUCCCAGCACCCCCUCAACGACUUCACCUCCCUCAAACAGACCCUCUGCUUGUCCCACAAGGCGGCCGUCCAGAUCCUCAUCAACAACGGCAUUGAUAUCCAGCUUGGUCAGGAUAUGGGCACCAAGCAGGAACAAAUCCUUGGUAAAAUCAUCAAGGAAAAGGUCCGUCCUUAUUACUACAUAAUCGAUAAGUUUCCAUUAGCCAUCCGACCCUUCUACACAAUGCCAGACCCGGUCAAUCCAACAUUAAGUAACAGCUACGAUUUCUUCAUGAGAGGCAAAGAGAUAAUCUGGGGUGCCCAGCGGAUCCACAACCCGGAGCUCCUGAAGGCCCGGAUGAAAGAAGCGGGGAUCAAUCAGGCGCAGAUGAAGGGAUAUCUGGACGGGUUCAGGCUGGCUUGUCCGGCCCACACUGGCGGCGGGAUCGGCCUUGAGCGCGUUGUCAUGCUCUUCUUUGGCCUCGGCAAUAUCCGCAAGGCUUGCUUGGCUGUGGCCAGCGUGCUGGACGUUGAGGCAUCUGCCUUUGUUGCUGUUGCUACCCUCUGGAUUCAAACAAUUAGGGUGGAUUUGUUUUAA